AUGGCGGCUGCUCUUCGCACCGUCCGCCGCUACGCGCUGCCUGCGACAGGCUUGUUGGGGGCUGCGUGGGCCACUGACGAGUUCUGCCUCCACCAAGUGGGCCAGCGAACUGCACGAACAGUGCAGACAGGUGUGUAUUUGCUGUGGCAGUACAAGGUCUGCUGGACACCUGAGACUUCCAACGACAUACAUGCCAAGGUUGCCAAACGCCUAGUGGAAUGCCUGCGCCGCAACGAGGGCCUGUACGUCAAGUUUGGCCAGGCAAUGUCGACUAUGGACGUCAUUCUGCCGGAGGAAUACAAAUCCGAGCUAAAGACUUUGCAUGACCAAGCCGCGACUUUUGAGUUCAAAGAAGUCCGGAGAGUUGUUGAGUCGCAGCUGGGCCAAAGCUUGAGCGAGGUGUUCUCGGAAUUCGAGGAGACUCCCAUUGCUUCUGCCAGCAUUGCGCAAGUGCACCGUGCACAACUGCGGCCAGAGUUUGCAGAGGGGAAUGAAGGCAACGAACCCUUGGCUGUGGCAGUCAAAAUCCAGAAGCCGAACAUCCCGGCCCAGAAUAGAUGUGACCUUGCGGUGUAUAAGCUCGUGCUGAUCGUCUUGGAGUAUGCCUUCGAUUUGCCGAUGGUUUGGACAUAUGGCUACACGCGCCAGCAAUUGGAAGCAGAGCUCGACUUCCGUAUAGAGGCGCGACAUGCCCGCCAGGCAGCUGAUGAGCUGGACGCGUGCAGUCAGUUCCGUGGAAAAGUCAUCGUGCCAGCUGUUCAGGGGAAGGUUUCGGGAGAGCACGUACUGGUCAUGGAGUGGGUGGACUCCUUGGGCCCUGCCAGCGAUAGCAAUGCCUUGAAGAAAGCAGGGCUGAGGCCCGUAGAUGUGAUGCGGACGGCAACUGAAGUCUUUGGAUAUCAGAUCUUCAGCACGGGCCACGUACACUGCGAUCCCCACCCCGGAAACUUGUUGGUGCGCUUGGCUCCUGCAGAAAGUUCUGAGAAAUGGCAACUGGUCCUUCUAGAUCAUGGCCUCUACUGCGAAUUGAACCCGGCUUUGCGCCGUGACUACGCAGACUUUUGGGUGGCAGCUGCUUUGGGGGACACCGCAUCCACGGUCCGAAUCUGCAGUAAGUGGGGCAUUGCUGAUCAAGAUGCUGCAGAGCUCUUUGCUUCAUUGACUCAGUUCCGACGGGUGCGCUUGGGGGCCCAAAGACUAGACGCCAUGGCCUCCCUUUUUGGUUCGCGGGGCAACAAGAAGGCUGAUGUGAUGCCGCAUGCCCCGAAGAAGCUCACUGCGAAAGCAAUGGCCGAAGCUCAGCAGAAGCUGAAGGCUCGUGCGAAGAAGGUUCUGGGAGAUACAGCCGCCUUCCCCCGUGAGCUAUUGUUCGUCGGGCGGAGCUUGAACAUGAUCCGCUCCGCUAACUUUGCCCUGGGCACAGCUGUGAACCGCGUGGCAAUCCUAGCAGAGUGUGCAGCAGCAGGUGCUGCGCUCCAGGGCGGGUCCCUGGCUUCCCGGCGGAUGGCCGUCUGGAAUUUUCACUUCAGAGUCCAGAGCCUCCUCUUUCUCAGCAAGCUCUUCCAGCUUUGGCAAAGUCUGAGCUCUCUUGGCCUUGCUCCAGCAGUGCUGGGGCUCACGGGCCUCUUCUUGCGAUUGUCGGCGGGCAGAACAGAGCCAACAAAAGCCAUGGAGCCACCCGGCCUUCCUGGCCCCGAGGUGGGUCGAAUUAUGGCGUGGUAUCCUUCCUACGUCAUUACAUUGAUCUUUCUGUGCGUCGCCUUCUUCUCCUACAGUGCUUGGGACUGGACCAGCUUCAUGGCACACGUCUUCCUAAUCAGCGGCAGUUUCCAAGAACAUCGAGAGGCUGUAUUUCCUUAUUUGCCGUGCAGUUGGUGGUUCACUUGCCUGGCUGCCUACACCCUGGCGUGGCUUCCCAUGCACAACAUCCUCAAGCUUUCCAGCGACUCCGUAAUUUGGACGAUGUUUGUCAUGGCAACUGCCGUUGUGGUCCCGUCAGUGGUCCUGGAGUGGCUGUUCUUCAAGGACAUGGCCAUCUUUGAAAUGAUUCAGUACAGUUUCGCCUUCUUUUACGGGCAAGCCUUGGCAGUGUGGCAGGUCAAUCACUGCAUGCUGUUGCAAGUGCAGACGGCAGCACCUUCACGCCAGCUUCGAAUCCUGCAGUUGGGCACUCGUCUGCGGAAUGCUUCUAGUCAAGAUACGAAGUUUCUAGGCCACAUAGCCCCAGUAGAGGGUGUGGACUUCAUGGACUUGUCUCCAAAGCUUCCCGGCUCGGAGAUCGGGAAGAUGUGGCUGGCUCCCACUCCUCGCCAAGCGAUGGUGGGAGCUACUCCCAGGGAUGGCCGCAAGCUGAGCCAGAGUUGUGCGGGUGAUCGCUUCGUGAAGCUGACACUUGAGGUCACCAUUGCGGUCUCAGCAGAAGGCUUGCCUAGCGGUGCACAGAUUGAGCCGCCGAAGUUCGCAGACUUGCAGAGCACGGUUUUAGACUGGCCUGAUGGAUCAGCCGGAUUACAGCAGACUUCCGAUGCGCUGCCGAAAAAUGAGCUGGCGAGAUCGAGGAAAUCGAACAAAGGCAAGAGUCCAGCCAAGAAGACUGCAGUUCCAAGAUACGAUGCCAGAGGUCAUCGCCUGCGGCACCGAAAAGACGCAAAACAGAAACGUCCCGUUCCACAAGAUGGCAACAAUGAAGCACUCGCCCCCGAGGAUGCCAAGCAGCCUGGACCGGAAGAAGCCACUGCGCAGGUCGGCAACGAUUCCCGAAAUGGUCCACGACCUCCGAGGGUUUCGGCACCACGCGCGCCGGCGGCAGGCAAGCCGGCCUCGGCCCUCCUCUCCAUGGCCAGGUCGGCCAAGAGCUUCUCGCCUCCGAAGCGGGCAGCGAAGAACAUGUCAAGUGCGAAGCUGGAGCCGCUGCAAACUGAGAAGGAGAUGCAGCCACUGGAGCACGCGGAGAUCCAACAGGAGCCUUCGUUUCAAAAGCCCGUGCCAAGAUCCGGUUUGGGUCAGCACAUGGACGUGCGUUCUCGGCCCCCAAGCCACUCGAGCCUCGGCAGCGGCUUGGCCCGAGCGGCCUCGGCAGUGUCUGUGGGACCCCUCCGACGAGACAUUCCGGUGCCCACGGUCCUGCACCCUGCAAGCUUCCAGCGACGUGCACGGCACAUGGACGCCGUAUUGGAUCUGAGGGACCUUCAGGAGAAAAUCCGCAACCCGAACUUCAGCGAGGACAAGAAAUUUCAAGUUGCCGAUCUCGCAAUGCGCGAUUUGCGUGCUGACCUCAGUACCAUGUUGAGGAGGUCUGCGGCCAAAGCCCAGUCUUUGGAUCAGCCUCCUGCAGCUCCCAGAUCAGUGGAUGAUGUGUUUGCCAGCCAAGUUGCCAAGUUCCAAGAACCUCUCGCCACGAAACGUGCAGCACAACCUGUAAUCCGGGAGAUCGACUCCACAGCCGCUUCUGUGCAAGAGGAUGAUGUGGAGGCUUUCUUUGGGGAGGAGCCCCCAGCUAUGGCUGACACUGCUGCUGCAGGCACCAUGGCUUCCAUGGCCCUUGGACCUGCUUCGCCAGUUGCUUCAGAGCUGAUGUCACCUGUCGCAGACAAGCAGAAGAUAAAGUCAGCUUUGCGGCGGAACUCUCGUGGCAGUGCUCGUGUGAGCUGGCAGCAGUUGCCAUCCGAGGACGUCUCUGAUGCAGGCCUGGGCAGCCUUCCACUGGGUCGCUUACCCCUGGGAGCAGCAGCUUCCAGCUCGAUGGGCGGCGGCCGCGAUUCCCUGCAAAAGUCGAUCAUGAGCCGGCAAGGAUCGACGAUUUCGAUGGCAGGUGAAAUCAGCUUGUCCGGGGAUAUGAUGCACAGAGUCUCCAGCGCCAUGACGCAGAAAGGACAGACGACUGGAUUGAAGAACAUCAAGCAAAGCUUCGAGCCCACUUUGCGCAAGCGACUUGGCGAAGCUUUCUCUCGUCUGAGCGAAGCAAACGAGCUGCACCGGGAUUCGAUGUACAAAGCGGUUGAGUUUGCAGGAUGGACGGUCACAGCUGAAGUCAAAGCGCUGAUAAACGAGGCAUAUGACAGCCUCUUCAAGUACAAUACCCUGAAUCAGCGGGAGUUCUUUCACUUCUUCGAGAAGUUCCGGCAUCUGGAGAAGCAGCGUGCUUUCGAAGCCUUCAACACCUUUGAUGCAGAUGCGAGCGGAACGAUUGACUUCGAAGAGCUCGGCGCAUUGCUGGAGUCGCAGGGUAUCUUCCCUUUGCAGCAUGUCAUCUACGAGCUGGCCAUGGAUGCCUGCGGUGGCAAUUUGGUUGAUGGCCUGGACUUCUCCGAAUUUCAGCGGGUGCUCGAGAUUCUUCGCGAGCGAGAAGGCUUCACACGCGAGGAGAUUGAACGGAUCGAAGAUGCUUUCGACAAGUGCGACGCCGAUGGCAGCGGAUCGCUGGACCUCCUGGAAAUCAGCCGCGUCCUCGCUAUCCUGGGUUACUCCCGCGACAUGAAGUACCAGGACCUGCUGGCAGAGGUGGAUGCAGAGAAGACGAAUCAACUGAGCAAGCGGGACUUCACCGUGUUCAUGCGAAAGAUCCAAGAGCGGAACACAAAGUUGAUAAAGGAUUAUUUCAGGGAGUGCGACACAGACGGUGAGCCUGGUCUGGAUGCGCGAGAAAUUGCGUUGCUGCUUCAAUCCCUCGGAUACCUGCCCGACAUGGCAUGCAUUGUUGAGACGAUGCUGCAGUUGGGAGUGGACGACCCUGAAGAGGACUUGGAUUUCUCACAAGUGUGGCGCUUCCUUGAGAUCUAUCGCCGACAGCACGGCCUCACCCUUGGCACAAUCUCCGAAGCAUUGGACCUCUUCAAAAGGUUCACGUCAGAUGACACGAUCAGCGUGGAUUGCUUGCUCAAAAUGGUGAGGACGAUGGGGUUCGAUCUCCACUACCACGAGGUCCGCAGACUCAUGUACCUGGUUGAGUCAAGCGAGACCAGCGUCAUGAAUGAGAAGGAGUUCGUGAUGGUCCUCGGACAUUUGCGUGACAGGGAACUGCGACAGAUGUGGAAGGUGGUUAGUGACCAAGAGUCAGCCAGCACAAGCCCGGCCGCGGCGGAGCUGAAGCAUCGGUUCAAAACCGAGAUGCUGGGCAGCUCGGACGACAAUGAGGAGCCGCGUCGCAGGAAGGUCACCUUCAUGGAGUUCAUCCCGUGGGCUACACAGUGUCGAAACCAACAGCGCGAAGAGGUGUGCCGGAAUCACGGCUUCGGCAAGGAAGAGGUGGAAGCUUUGGAGGUUGACUUCGACUCUUGUGGUCGCGAUGCAAACGGCUGUGUUCGCACGAUUGAUCUGAGGCAUCUCUUGAGACAGAAGUUUCCCAUGCUCGCAGACAAGAUGACCAUGAAGGACAAUCGGGCCAAGCUCAGUGAGAUCCUUGCAGGCAAAGAGCCUGGAAGCCGAGUGGGGAUGGAUGAGUUUCUUGCACUUUGUCGCGUGUGCGUUGACAUUGUCGAGCUAGACAAGCUCAAACGAGAAAGACAAGCCAUCGAGGAGCGGGACUUCACCCCUGCGGAAGUCCACGAGUUUCGCGGCCUCUUCAUGUCUCAGGCAACCUCCUCGGGGCUUCCGGGCUCGUACCGAAACCGUCUCUCCUUCGAGGAGCUUGGCGAGUUGCUGGCCAGGGUCGUCCCUCUGGGGUACAAGAAUGCGCAGGUGCUCAAGCGUGAAGUCCGGCAAGUGCACAAGCACGGCCCUGGGGGCGACGAUUCAGUGAACUUUGUCGAGUUCUUGAACUUGAUGGAGCGGCUUCUGGCAGCAAACUUUGCCGGCAUGGCGAUGUUGGACAAGACCCCAGGCAAGAAAGAGAGACCUUAUGACAGGGGAGGCUCGAGCUCUCAGGUGUUGGGAGCUGACGCCAUGGAGGCUGCAUCUUGA